CAAAAAUUAAAGUUUGCAACUUCUGCAGCCGUGAUAAGAAAAUAAGCUAAAAAUUCAAAACAAAAAAAGAAAAGCAUUACGUGGUGACUUGUUUAAAACGUUAGUAGUACAAUUAAUUCAUUGACAAAGAAAAAAGUGAUAAUUUAUUUCUAUACAAAAAGCAAAAUUGCGAAAUUAAGUUAACGCCUAUAAAAAAUAUCCCCAAAUUAAAAAAAAGUGUUACAGUUAAAAAGUUUUUUGUUUUAAAACUGGAGAAGUGGAAGAGAACACGCUCCUCAACCAAACGUAUGGAUCAUCCAAAUAAAGGAGGGGGAGGCGGCAGUGGUGGUGCAGGUGGCACCUCAACACUAGAUAAGCCUUCAAUUUUAGAAGGUGUCUUACACAAUUUAUUCGAUGGCUUAUCGGAUAAAGAUGAAACUGUACGCAUGGCCAUACAAUCGGCCUUGGUAAAAAUAUUCGAAACACAUCCCCUAAGAGCUACAGAUAUUCUAAUAGAAUAUAAAGAAAAACAUCCCAAAAUGACAGAACAAACUAUAACAAUUAUUUUAAAAGCCAUUGAAAAAGUCGUGGAAUCAGAAGCUUUAAUACCCUCAGAGGCUCACAAAAAACUUAUUACUUUGGCCUUAGAAGAAUUGACACGUUCUACAGAACAUGUUCCGAAUAUACAAAAUCAUGCCCUAUCAAUUUUGGUGGCUAUAGGUCGUGGUGAUGAUUGUAAAAUGGUUAUGGAAGCCUUAAUGGGUCAUACAAAAGAGGGUGCUAUAGCACAUUUUAUGGUGAUGCAAUGUUUGGGAACUCUGGCCUCCACAAAUAUACCCGGUGUUGUGCCCUUUAUUAAACCUAUUCUAUCCUCAACACUACCCAGUAUGAAUGGCAUAAAACCGGAUCAUAUAAAACAGGCACAUGCUUAUGCUAUUGGCCGAUUUAGUGAAGCCUUGCUGGAACAUUCAACGGCUAAUGCUGCCUUUGCCUCUUCUACAAAAGAUGAAAAUAAUGAAGUUAUAUCACCUACUGCCGCUGAAGUGGAAGCUUUAUUAAAUUGUUCCACCGAAAUUUCGGUAGCCUACGAUGUUCUCUUCAAUCAAUGGUUGCAGUCGCGAGAACCAAAAGUUUGUGUUGAAAUUUUGCAAGCACUUUCUUCAAUGUUUCCACUAUUGCCAGCUGAUAAAAUACAAGAUCGUACUCCUCGCCUUAUACCACAAAUAUUGGGUUUAUAUCGCCGUUCGAUAGAAAGAAAUUCGGUAACACAAUUUUUAUCGGCGGUUUUGAAAACGAAUAUUUCACUGCAGCCCUCUGUGUUGGAUUUAGUGGCUGAACAAUUGAUAUCAAAUCUUUUCGAUUUAGUUUGCGUCUAUCCGGAUUAUGAAAAGCCCCAGACUGUUAAAGGUCACUAUGAAGUGUUAAGAUGUUUCCAUUUACUUUCGGGAGUAUAUGCCACCAAAAUAAUGGAUACCUUACUAAUGCAUUUACGAAACAAUAGCGAAAGAGAACGCAUUAAAAGUUUAUUGAUAUUGACACACUUGCUCAAUACAUCUACGGUGAAUAUUGAAAAUAAAUUACAAUCCUUUAUGGAAUGCUUAAAGCAAAUGAUUACCAGUGAGAAGAGUAUUAAAAUGAAAUUGACUUUAUUGAAAUGUAUAGUGGCUUUAGCCCAAAAGUCUCUGGUUAAGGAAAAGGAAUUUGUUUGGUUUAUAGUGCGCUAUAGUUGUAAAUUUACCAAAGUCAACCAGGAACAUGGUUCCCUGGAGGAGCAUGCCAAUUUUGUACUUUCCUGUGAGAACUCCUUAUUUAUGUUGGCUUCCACGGUGGGCACUAUGGAUGAAUUGUUAAAAAGAGAACUGUUAAACUAUUUUGUUUUGUUGGACUACACUGAUAUAUGCUCCAACCUGGCUAAAUGCUUGGCUAGUCUCUUUGCGAAAUCACCCAAUAUAGAAUUUGAAGUGGCCCCCGAAGAAGACGAAACAGAUAAAAGAGAGGGUGCUGUGGGUGUAGAGGAGAAUGCAGUCAGAUCACCGGCUCCUAAUUUUGCUAAAAGUGGUAAAGUAGUAGUGCCCUCAGCGGAAACAAUAUUCGCCCGAUGUUUAGCUUUAUUGGGCAAUUAUCAUUGCAUUAAAAGAGCCACUAAUAUUUUAACGUUCCUCAAGUACUACUAUCCCCAUUUGAAUCCAGAACUAGCCAAAUUGUGGGAAAAAAGUAUUUCCGAUUUACUGCUAAACAUCAAUAAGGAAAGUUUGUAUUUUAAUAAAUUGACCUUGUUUAUCACGGAAACCAAUGAAUUGCUGAGUAAACAUGAUGAACAUUUUUCCGAAAGAUUGGCCAAUAAAAUGGCAGAACAAAUGAUUGUUUAUCCCAUGGUAUUGCCACACAAUGAAUUUGUCAUACCCACUCUAAAUGUUGAAAGAGGAAUGUUGAUUAAAGCCAUUGCUUUGACGUUAGGUUAUGUUAAUGAUAAUCCAGUGGUCAGUGCUAAAAUCGAUUUGAUUAUUAACUCGGCAAGACAAGAAAAACUAGAUAAACACACAAAACAUGCAGAGUAUGAAGAUAAGAUUGUACCUUGUGCUUUAGCUUUGGGCUAUAUAUCGCGUAAACAUCUUAGUAUUGUAAUAAAGAAACUGGCGGAAUUGGCCCACAUUGGUGGACGCAAACAUUCGACAGGAUUUUUCUCCAAUUUACAUUUUAUUAAAGAUACACACAAGGAAUUGGAAAAUUUUAAAACCAAUCUAUUGGUUAUAAAAGCUUUUGGUCAUAUAAUGGAUGAAGCUGAUCCUUUACAAUCCUUGGCCAAUUUAGAUGAUACUAUUUUGAAUUUUUUGAUAUUACAACUAACCAACACCAAGGAUCAAUGUGUUAUGUCGGCUAUAUUAAAGACAUUACUGAGUAUUUGCAAUCAAAUGAUAAAUACUAAAGAGAAAAUGCCUUCUCCAUUGAAAUACCGCAAACAGAUAAUGGAAGCAGUUUUCAGCAUACCCAUCGAACAGCCCUUUGAUGAUUUACCACUACUGCCCACCAUUUUGAAAUUGGGCACUGACUUUAUACGCAUAGGUGGCGAGGAGGCCACGGAGUCUGUUGAUGGCGGUGUUAUAUUUGAAAUCGCCUGCAAAAACUUUUUCUCUUGUGCUCAAAAUUUAAAAAUGAAAUUCGAAUCCCAGGAGGAAGAUGAACGCAAUAGUUUUCUAGCCAAAUAUCUAAAUGAAUCGCUGCCCGAACUCAAUCAACUGGUUAAAGUUAUAAUCGAACAGGAUCCUUCGCCGUCUACGCUAGACUUAAUCAUUUCUAUACUUGAGACCUGGAUAAGAGAUAAAAACUCGGAGGUACGCAUCUGUGCCAGUCAUGUCUACAAUAAUACCUUGGAUGUCUACAUCAAGUCCAUGAAGAUUGGCUGUGAGGCACCUUCGAAAUUUAAUCAAACGGGACAAAUGUUGGGUAAAAUUGUACCUCGUUGCAUUGACUCGAAUGGUACAGUGCGUCAAGUAUCGGUAGAUAUUUUACAAAAAACUUUGGAAAUAGCCUGCAUUUAUGAAACCCUAACUAUUGCCGAUAGUUCGACUGAUUGGAUCAAAGAAAUCGAAGUAGUUAAGGAACAAAUUAUUACCGAUGACCCAAAACAAAUUUAUAAUCUUGCUGGCGAGAUUGCAAAAAUUAUUGCUUUACGUAUAUCGAAUUUUCAGUAUUUGCAAUUCUGCAAAACCUUAUUGCAUAGUCUGAAAGAUCCUGAACAGAGUUCAGCUAUAGGGGCUUCAGUGGUUUUGAAAUUUUUCAUUCAACAAAAGGGUUCCGAGUUGUUCCAUGCCAUACCAGAUUUUGUUAAAGACAGUUUAGCGGCUAUUCAUGGCUGCGAUGUAAAUCGUGCUAAAUCCGGAGUACUUAAAGCAUUGGUAGCUUUGACCAAACAUCAUCCCAAAUUGGUAUCAUGUGAAAUGCUAGUACAGCAAUUACCUUUCGAAGAAAAUAUUGUAGAGUAUUGGCACUUGAUAUGCACCGAUAGUGAUUUAACUGGUAUUUUACUUGAACACUUCCUACAAAUACUCUCCUCCUCAUGUUUAUUUGAACCAAAUGAACCAUGUGUGGAUAGACAAAAAAUUGCCAGUGUACAACCGUUUGCAAUAUUUUGUGCUUUACAUAAAAUGAUGCCCUGCAAGGAUAUAAAGGAGCAAUUGAAAUUGAAGUUUCCAGAACUAUUUACCAUGCUAUUAACUUCGUUGGCAUCAUAUACAAAUUUGGCCGCUCCCAUGAAUACGGGCAUUCGUAGCAAUUCACCCACUUUGGGAACCACCUCUACAACAGUUACUAAAACAAAAUUUGGUUUUGUGCCGAAUAAGGAAACCGUUAAAUUAAAUCCUUGUCAAAUUAUUUUGGAAACAUUCCAACAAUUUUUGGACAGUUUGGAAAUGGAACAAAUCUCUACCGUACUUACUGUACACACUCAUUUAGCCUCCAGCACAGAUCUCAAGAAUUUCAUUGAACUACUAACACCCAUGGCAAUUGGUCUAUCGAAUCAGAUCGAUAUCAAUUCCAAUCAAAUGAAACAUGUUGUAAACACAUUAAGUAAAUAUGUAGCAUCUCCGUAUGAUGGUCAGCGUGUAGCAGCGGUGGGUUUAUUCUCCCGUAUGGUACCUCUCACACCAUGUGGUGAGGUGUCUUCGAUUAUAAUGAAUCAUUUGACUUCGGCUUUAAGUGAUCCAAAUGCUGUGGUUCGUGGCUUAAGUAUUCAGGGUAUGGGUUAUGUGGGUCUAUUGACGGAAGAGGAUAUAGAGAAAUAUGAUGAGACUGCUAUAACUGCAUUACUCAAGGGUAUUGAUGAUACCGUUAGUGAAUGCUUAAUAAAUAUACCUUUGGAAAGUAUGCGUGGUUUAUCGCGUAUUUUACAAAAUUUACCCAGUGAUCGUGUUGAAUCUUUUCAUGUUUCUUUGGCCAUACGUAUACGUCCUUUCUUUGGCAGUUAUUCUUUGGAAAUACGUGAAGCCGCCAUUAUACUCUUUGGUGAUUUGUGUCAAUCGAAAAUGUCCAUGAAUGAUGGCACGGUUUCACCUAAUUCCACAAAUGAGGCAUUGCGUGAACAAUUAAUUGCUAAUCUAUUUCCUUUGCUGUUGCAUCUUAGUGAAGGAGAAGCCACGAUUAUAAGGGCUUGCAAAGGCACAUUACGUAAAGUUUGCAGUUUAUUACACUCUCUUAAAAUCAAUGAUAUGGCUCAGCGUCAUUUAUUAGAUCAUGGUCAAUUGAACUAUAAUAAUUUUAUAGUGGAUUUUGUUAAAGUUAUUGCCAUGGAAUUAACCGAUCACAUUCAAGAUUUUAUAGAUUCUUGCAUACCGAAAUUACGCAGCCAAUGGCCAGAAGUUAGAGGAAGUGCUGCUAUUGUUAUUGGCAUUCUAAAUAACUUCCUAACUGAACGUAAUACACAAACCGAAGCUGUGGGCAAUAAAAUUGCCGUAUUGCUUAAGGACGAAAAUCAUUUUGUGCGUGUUAAAGCGGCUACAGCUUUAGGUUAUUUCUUUGGAGAUAUUUAAAGUGAAGAAAAUAAAACAAACAAAGAAAGUGUUUUCCGAUUUGUUAUUUAAUGGACUAGAAAUAUGCCAAAAUUGAAUGAAUAUAGACUAAGAAAAGAAUUGCAAUGAAUUUCAAAAAUGAUGUGGUUAUCUAUGUGAUGUUUCCCUUUUUUCUCCUCAAUUAUUUUUGUUAUCUUUAUUGUAUUUUAUGUUAAGCACUUAAUUAGAAAACUAUAUACACAUUAUUAUACUAUUUAAUAUUAUUUAUUAAAAUUCUUACUUAAAAACAUUUUAAACAAAUGUAAUUUGUGAUUUUUUUCAAAUAUUUGAAAGCGAAAACAAAAACCACACAGUGCCCCUUUUUCCCUCUGAACUUUUAUUAACUUUGCUUAAAUAUCAAAUAUUUAUAAAACUUAUAAAAAAGAUGUUAUUAUUGUUUCAAAUAAAUAAAUAAAAACACA